CCGACGAGCUCACCCGGCACAUCCGCAUCCACACGGGCCACAAGCCCUUUCAGUGCCGCAUCUGCAUGCGGAACUUCAGCCGCAGCGACCACCUCACCACCCACAUCCGCACGCACACCGGCGAGAAGCCCUUUGCCUGCGACUUCUGCGGCAGGAAGUUCGCCCGCUCCGACGAGAGGAAGCGGCACACCAAGAUCCACCUGCGCCAGAAGGAGCGGAAAGGAGCGGCGGCCGGCGCCGGGUGCCCACAGCCCGGCGGCGGGAGCGGCGCGGCCCUGGCCCCCUGCGCGGCGCGGACGCGGACGCCCUGACGGCGCGGGGCGCGCAGGACCCAGCGCGGAGCCGCCGCCGAGCGCGGCGGGCGCGGAGCGCAGCAGAGCGGGGCCCGGCGGGGCGCGACGAGCACCUGGUGGCGCCGCGGGGCUCCCUGGGCCGGGGCGGGCCGGAGCGGGCCGGGCCGGCGGGUGUACAUAGGGUCUGCGGCGGGAGGAUGGAUGCAUGCAGUGCCGUCGUGGUGAGGUGUCCUUGGUGCCUUGUGUGGUGUAGAGCCCGGUCCCCUGUCUGCAUGUGGGGGGUGCCUUACCGAUCCGCUCCGACGACAGCGGCGACACCGAGACCGGAAAGUUUUCCCUUCCCUGGUUUUAGUAUGGCUGUACAUUUCUGCCUAUUAAUAUUGAGAUUUUUUUUUUCUUAGAGACUAUAUUUUUGUACGCACUGGUUUGGGGUUUUGUUUUUGUUUUUCUUUUUGGUGACUUUAAAAGUGUUCCGUUUGUAGUAGGACUUGGGACAGGAUGUAAAUACUCGGGCUGGGACCGGCGCCCGUGGUCGGCCGGGACCCAGUGCGCCGCAGGUAACACGAAUAAUGCACAACCACUAACGGGGGCUGGAAGGAGGGGGGGUGUCUUUCUGGCCACUCUGUAAAUAAACUUUUCGACAAUAGGGUAGGUGCUUACAACGUUUAUAAAAGACGACAAAUAAAUCUCUUAAUUAUGC